GGCAACCUGCUGUCUUGCAGCCUGCACAGCCGCAGGGUACACAACCCUAGCAGUCAGUGCAGCAGCCUGCACUACAGGGUCCACAGCUCGAAGUGAUGCAGGGACCGGGACAAAGCCGGUGGGUCCCAAAGACGGCUAUCGCUGCUCCUAAACCCUUCACAGGGGAUAAGAGGGGCGAAGACCUCGACACUUGGUUGUGGGCAGUGCCGGUCUAUGCCAAGUGCAAACUUACCUUGCCACACGAGGAAGUGCUUGUGGUUGCAUCCUAUCUAGAGGGUAGUGCAAGAUGGUUGAGUGGUUUAGUGCAGUUACAGGGAUACGGUCAUGACUUCCACGCUUGGGCAGCCCACCAGAAACUGGAGGACUUUCUCAAGAUGGUGGAAGAUAGGUGGCAUGAUCCUCAGGAGGCCCAAAAGGCCACUGACGCGAUCCCGACACUGCACACGAGGCAGUUUAAGUCAGUAAGGGAGGCCACUGACGUCGUAGAGCGUCUGAUCUGUGUCCCAGGGGUGCGCUAUGACCCCCAGGUAUUACUCACCUCCUACCUGAGAUGCUUUCCAAUGCCUCUCAGGAACCAGUUGGCAGGUGAGGCCAACAUCAAUAUGCACAACUUUCCCUUGUUUAGCAAGAAGGCCUUAGACCUGGAAGUGAAGAUAGGGCAUGGUCAGACACCCACGACAGAUGGCAGGAAAAAGACAGUGCCUCCCAACUGGAAAGUGAAGGGACACAUCAUGUUCGUCGACAAUGAUGGUUCCACCAUCGAAUUGGACAACGACUUCCAGUUGGGAGUGGGUUCAGAGGCCGGCAACGUAGAAGCUUCAGGGGGUGGAGUAGUCACUGCCAUAGCUAAAAAAGGAAAGGCGAGCGGUAGACGCCGUGGAGGAUCAUGGUCAAGGAGUCAAGUUGACCCCAAUGCUCCUCCACGGGAGAAAGCGGGUCUCACAGAGGACAUGUGGAGAGACAGGUACGGUCUGUACGAGUUUGUGGUGAUGCCUUUCGGCCUUUGCGAUGCUCCUGGCACCUUUCAACACGCUAUGAAUCGGAUCUUUCAUGACUACUUGGACAAGUUUGUCAUCGUGUACCUUGAUGACGUACUUAUCUUUAGUAGGACCGUCGAGGAGCACGUGACUCAUUUGGACAAAGUCCUUAGUCUCCUUCGACAACACAAGUUCAAGAUUAACGGUGAGAAGUGUGAGUUUGGCCGCACCCGUAUCUUGUACUUGGGUCAUGAGAUUUCCACGGAGGGAUUGAAGCCCGAUGACGCGAAGGUGGCUAGCAUUCGUGAUUGGCCGCGACCUCAGUCUGUGACUGAGAUGAGGUCCUUCUUAGGGAUGACCGGCUACUAUCGCAAUUUUGUGAAGAACUAUAGCAUAGUUGCCACCCCUUUGACGGACCUGCUCCGCCUUGACGCCCCAUGGGAGUGGACAGACAUAUGCGAGGUUGCUUUCAGACACCUGAAGCAUGCGUUGACGCAUCAUGAGGUCUUGAAACUUCCUGAUUCUGACAAGCCGUUCAUAGUAACCACGGAUGCCAGCCUAUAUGGCAUUGGUGUCGUGCUAGCGCAGCAGGAGGGGCCAAAGUUGAGGCCUGUCGAGUACAUGUCCAAGAAGAUGCCCUCUCAGAAGUUGGCUAAGUCCACCUAUGAGAAGAAGCUCUACACGAUCUACAAGGCGCUCACCCAUUGGAGACACUAUCUCCUAGGGAGGUUUAGUAAGUAUGCUAGAUUAGUUGCAAUGCCAGAAACAGCAAAGACUGAGUACGUCAUUAAGCUGUUUACAGAAAAUUGGGUCAGAGACUUCGGACUGCCUAAGUCUAUCAUUAGUGACCAGGAUGUGCGAUUCACUAGUGAACUGUGGAAAGCUGCAGCUGCAGAACAGGGCACGCAGUUGCAAAUGACAUCAGGCAAUCACCCUGAAGCUAAUGGGCAGGCAGAGCAGUUGAAUCGCGUUGUUUUGCAUGACCUUGAAUGCCAUUCUCAGAAGCUAAAUCAAGCAAGACAUGAAGAGCAAGAACAAGAAGCGGCUAAACGCCAGAGUCAAGCGGAGAUCCGCAUGGUGGAGGAAAUUAAGUCCAUAGAAAUUGAGAAAGAGAUCAUCCGGAGGAAUCGUGCACUAAGAUCACAGCAGUUGGCAGAGGAGCUUGAGAGAAGAUGGGAACAAUUCCUUGCCAGAGACAGAGAAAUAGGCCGAAUGAUGUAUAAUGAGUUUGCAGAACUUCGGGAAGAGGAGAAUCGGAGACUGCAGGAGAUGAAAAGAGAGCGGGAGGAGGAUAAACACCUCCGAAGGGUGGCAUUUUGCAGGGACCUUGUUCUUCAGUGGAGGAGUGCCAAGGCACUCAAGGGUACCAUGGACGACUUGGUAGCCGUCCCAGACCAUGGGGUCACUGAGCCCCAGCUGGUUCAGUUGUUUUAUCGUGCCAUUCCAAAGGCUCUACGUGGGCAUUUCUUUGACAAGUCUCAGCAGGCCGGCAUCACAUACGAUCAAUUGAAUCGCGAAGUCGUCCUGUAUGAGUCGAAGUCUAUGCCAGUUACCACUUUCUGGCAUAAGGACUUAGAGAAGGGGAAGAAGUGGAAGAAUCGUACCAUCUUAGGCCAAGUAAAGGCCAAGGAUCACAUGAUCCUGACAUUAGAAGAAGGUGGUACCGAUGAGGUCCCAUAUGAUCAGAUUGAGUGGGGCCUUGAAGAUGAUGGCAGUAGUGUGGGGCAGGGGAGGUCUUACGCUGCUGUCGCAGCUAGAGGGAGGCCGCAAGGAGGAGGAGGAGGCCAGGGCCAAAGGGGCCAGGCCAUGGGAGGUUGAGGACCGGGCGCACAGGGGGUUGGCGGACAGGGAAACCGCCAAGCGGGAGGUAGGGGUCAAGGUCCCCCGUCAAAUC